CCAUGUUCGCUCGUGCACACACACAUACACACGCACGUACCAACCGGGCAGACGGGGCACGGGACCUGGGAUCCCACCAUGGCAGAGGCGGAGGAUGGGCGGGAGCAGCCAGAGAGCGGGUGUGAAGAAGAGGAGCUCCUGAAUCCCUCUGCGGGGCUGACCAACCAGUGGAGCGUGGAGGAUGAGGAGGAGGCGGCUCGGGAGCGGCGGCGGCGGCGGCGAGAGGAGCAGCUCCGGGCCAUGGGCGACGACGGGACGGGCGCCCCCAGCGGCGGCCCCGAGGAACAGCAGCCGGCCGCGGGCCACGACGGCACGGGCGCCCCUAGCGGCGGAGCCGAGGAGCAGCUCCGGGCCGCGGGCGACGACGGGACGGGCGCCCCUAGCGGCCGACUCCAGGAACAGCUCCGGGCCGCGGGCGGCGACCGGACGGGCGCCCCUAGCGGCGACUCCGAGCCUGCCGCCGAGGAGGACGAGGACGAAUCCGGAGCGCCCGAGCGGGAGGAGCUCCUGAAGCCCGCGGGGCCGCCGGAGGUGGAGGAGGACGAAGGCUUUGGCGAGUGGACCCAGAAGCUGGAGCUGCGGAAGCAGAGACAGACCGCGUCCGAGGGCGGACCCGACGGCCGCCCGGCCCGGCCCGGCCCCGCGGAGGAGGACGGCUGGGGAGCCUCGCCUCACGAGCCCCAGCACGACGGGGUCCCGAGGUCCCCCCGACCCUCCUGCGAGGACGAGGAAGGCGAUCGGAGCCUGUCGGAAAUGAAGCUGGACCAGCUGAGCCUGGAGCGAGGCUGGAGCCCCCGGAGACAUGAGCAGGAGGGCUCUGAGGAGGGUCCAGAGGAGAGGACGAGCCUGCUGCAGGACCACGAAGCCGAGCCGACGGACGAGUCCCAGCGGUUCCCCGAGGACCCCCGGGAGGCCGAGAAGCCCCUCACAGCCCGCAGCCCGGGCGGCCAGGGUGGGCCGGGGUCCGGCCCGCCUCCUCUGAGCCCCACCAUCAAGCUCAUCGACGGAAACCAUUCCCUGACCCGCUCCGCGACAAACAGCGUGAAGAAGGCGUCGUCCGCCCCUCCCGUCUCCCGGAUCGAUGACCACCUGGAGCGAUACGCCCACGCCAUCGAGAGCUCGAGCAAGGCCCCGAGGGUGACCAGGCAGCCCUCCAUCGAGCUGCCCAGCAUGGCCGUCGCCAACACCAAGAGCCUCUGGGAGACCGGCGAGGUGUCGGCCUCCACCCCCGGGAGAACCGCCCCCUGCAAGGACAUCGUGGCCGGCGACAUGAGCAAACGCAGCCUCUGGGAGCAGAAGGGUGGAAGCAGGCCCGCCGCCACCGUCAAGAGCACGCCGUCGGGGAAGAGGUACAAGUUCGUGUUGACCGGGCACGGCAAGUAUGAGAAGGUCCUGGCGGACGAGGAAGCAGCCCCGUGAUGGCCGAGGUCCCGGGCGGCCCGGAAUCCCGUGUCCAGGCGGACAGCGGCAGGUGCGGGUGUCUCAGAUGGCUCAGUCCUCCCCUGGCGCGUCUCCACAUCUCCAUGUCUCCACGCACAAUCGUCCUUCCCCGAAGCAGAGGCUCGGGACCCGGGGCCCGGGGCCCGGGGUCCAUGGGCUGUGGUCUGCGCUGCUUUGCCCCUGCCUCCCCCCCCCUUCAGCCUCUCCCAAUGGCUUAAUUCUGCUACUGAGCCCCCCCUACCACCCCUCCUCCCCCAGCCCCUGCAGACUUCCUGCCCCCCAAAGAGACCAGCACCUUCUUUUUGUUUAAAACUUUUUUCUAUUUAGUGGGUCUUCCUGCCCCUGCUCCACAUCUCCCCCGGCCCCCCAAGAUGAGACCCCAGAAACUUGCCGAGGGCCAACCGACCCCUCUCGUUCCCAGGGCCUGUGCCCACCUCCCUCCUGCUGGGAAGAGGGGUCCCUGGGAAGGGGCUGAGGGAUGGGGGGGAGAUCAUGUUUUGGGGGAUGGGCCGGACCCCCCCGCCUCGAGACUCCGAGCCAGGAGUGCGUUCUGGUCCCUGCAUCCCUGGGCCAGGAUCACGUGGCUUUGGGUGCUGCCCCCCAUCCCCACCCCCACCCAACCCUCGCUUCCUGCCUGCAGGAAUCCCGAUCAGGUUUGAUAAAGCAACAAUAAAGAUUUCCACAGAUG